UGAAAGCUGCUCAAAGUAUGUGACAUCUGACCAAGGUGAGUAUUGCAACUCUUCUUGUUUUGGGUGACUCAACUAACUGACCAGCCAAUACAGCAAAUACUGAGGAUUGUGUCAGGAUAACUUCUGUAAUUAUUACUGACUUGACAGGGAUGGGCAGACAGAGUAGUAGGGGAUUGGCCUGUACACUAGGAUCAGGUUACAUAAAGGCAGCUGCAGCAGGUUUUGGAAUGUUAGUAACGUGUGUCCCUGAGGAACAUUUCUCAGUGAAUUAAUUGGAUUCUGCAGCCAUGAGUGGGUGCCCAUUUUGGGGGAACAAAUACCAAUUUAAUUUUAAUAAACUCUCAUUGGAGGAUGAGGAAGGAGAAGACAAGUCACAAGAAGGACUGAAUAAAGCCAGCAAAGGUGGACUUGUCUAUAGUGAUUAUCUACAUCUGGACAAAAUAUUGAAUGCUCAAGAACUGCAGAGUGAAAAAAGAGGAAACAAGAUCCAUGAUGAGCAUCUUUUCAUUGUGACCCAUCAAGCUUAUGAACUUUGGUUUAAGCAGAUUCUGUGGGAACUGGACUCAGUUCGAGUGAUCUUUCAGAAUGGCAGUGUGAGAGAUGAGAGAAACAUGCUGAAGGUUGUUGCUCGAAUCCACAGAAUUUCAAUGAUCCUUAAAUUACUUGUGGAGCAAUUUUCAGUUCUAGAAACUAUGACUGCUUUGGACUUCUUUGAUUUCAGAGAUUACUUGAGCAAAGCAUCUGGUUUUCAGAGCCUUCAGUUUCGACUAAUAGAGAAUAAGAUUGGUGUCCCACAGAGUCUGAGAAUCCCUUAUAGCAGAAGGCAUUACCGUGAUAGCUUCAAGGGACAUGAGAAUGAAAUACUAUUUAAAUCAGAGCAAGAACCAACACUUCUGCAAUUAGUGGAGGCAUGGCUGGAAAGAACACCAGGAUUAGAACCGGAAGGGUUUAAUUUCUGGGGAAAAUUUGAAGUGAAUGUGUUAAAAGGUCUAGAAGAGGAAGUGGCAAUGGUUCAGACCAAGCAAGCAUCAGAGGAAAAAGAGGACCUACUGGCUGAACUUAAAAAACAAAAAGAGGUUUUUAUUUCAUUAUUUGAUGAAAAGCGCCAUGAACAUCUUCUGAGUAAAGGAGAAAGAAGACUCUCUUAUAAAGCAUUGCAAGGAGCUUUAAUGAUCUACUUCUACAGAGAGGAGCCUCGCUUUCAGGUUCCCUUCCAGCUUCUUACUUCUCUCAUGGAUAUCGAUGCACUCAUGACCAAAUGGAGAUAUAAUCAUGUCUGCAUGGCACACAGAAUGAUUGGCAGCAAGGUGGGCACUGGAGGAUCAUCAGGCUAUCAGUAUUUGCGCGCCACAGUGAGUGACAGGUACAAGGUGUUUGUAGAUUUGUUCAACCUUUCAACAUUUUUGGUGGCAAGACACUGGAUACCAAAGAUGAACCCAACUAUUCAUAAAUUUCUUUACACAGCAGAAUAUUGUGACAGCUCCUAUUUUAGCAGUGAUGAUUCAGAUUAAAGAACCUUCCUAUGGUGAUCCAUGUUAAAGAACUUUGAAUUGUCAUGUAAACUGGUUCUGACCUUUUGUGAGGUCCCUUAAAUUUAUUAAAUGUUACAAAGCAUGUAUAUAUAUUUAUGUACACCAGGCUAUAGGAUUUAAAGUUUAUGAUGAAAAUUUGGACACAUGAUAAAUAGUAUGAUUUAUAAAUGAUACUAACUACUAAAUUUUCAUAUUGAGCUAUUUUUAAAACAUUACAGAAAUAAGAAGGCACAGUUUGCUGAAGGAAACAGCAUUCAGAGAUAUGACUCUGGAUAAGUUGAAAUGCUGUUGUUAAUGCUAAUGCAUUUUCCUCAGUAUCUUUAAAGAGAUAGUUUUGUUAUUAAAAAUCACACAGGACUUCUAAAAUGUCUUUUCAUUUUAAUAAUCCAAUUUACUUUUCUAUAUUUGUGCUUAUUUUUGCAUUUCUGGCAUCUUGGACAAUGAGUGUGAACUAAUUCAUUUUACUUUUGUUUAGUUCAUUUUUCAUCAAUUUUCAUACACUAGAAAAUGCUUUAUAUUUGUUUACUUUAAAAACAUGUCCCUGUUGGAAUAAAAAAAAGGGAAUUUUUAUUGCAUUGAGAUUUUUAUACCGCUAAAUUUUAGAAAGUCUAAACAUGGAGCCAAAGUGGGCCUGACAGUGUUCCUAAAUAAUUUAUAUGAAAAGGGCAAUAUCUUGAUUCUUAUGUGCCAUAAUAAAAUAUGCAAUAAUGCAUACCUGUAAAAGAUAGCAUAAUUAAUACCUGAUAUUCUUGUUAAAUACUUGUUAUAUAUGCUUUAUUUUUGUCUCAUACUUAAUUUUUUCUCUUCAAAUAAAUGGCUGUUAAA